CGGCAAAAAUCCAUUGUCCAAGGAAGUAAAAAACUUUAUAAGCGGUGAGGACAACCCAAGAAACUAUUCUCCGACAGAACACACACAGCGAAGAAGUUGUCUGAAAACCUCUCUAAACAAAACAAAAAAAACUGUUGAAAGAUGGCAAGAGAAACUAGUUGUUUGAGCAGAAUCGCUGCCGGAACUGCCAUCGGCGGCGCACUUGGCGGCGCUGUAGGUGCUGUCCAUGGAACUUACCAGGCGAUUAGGUUGGGGGUCCCUGGGCUUAUGAAGAUAAGGUACAUAGGGCAAACAACCAUUGGCAGCGCAGCGAUCUUCGGACUUUUCCUAGGUGCGGGAAGUUUGAUACACUGUGGAAAAUAAGCGUUGUCAAGUUUGUGGUCUUAUGGUGAUCUGAAAAACAUUUAGCUUUUUAUUUGAUGAAUGUUUUGGAUGAA